CGGCCGAGCCUCCCAGCUGCCGCCACCCAUCUCCGGCUGAAAAACCAGUAAAAGCUUGGGGAUUUCUCCUUUUUUUCUUGUUCUAGAACACAUAUAGAACCCACAAAUCUUUCCCCUGCAGAGAAAUUUCCAGAUCUGCUCUGCUUUUCCUCCUCUGUCCAUCGGUUUCUACUAUGUGGGUGCGAAAUUUCUAGGCUUUUCGAUCCCCCUAAAUUUCCUGCACUUCCCGCCGGCUUCCCCAACCCACAACUUCAGUUUUUGCUUGCAAAAAUUUUGGUAUGUGACAACUCCAUCUAAGUCCAUUUAUUUAUUGCCUUUUGUUGUCCGAAAUUCUUCUGUUGUAUGGUGGGAUUUUCUGCUAGAAAAGGGAAAUAUUUCAGCAGCCUUAAACCAUUGUUUUAAAGCUUGAUUAAGGUAAAAUUAGCUUAAUUAAUUGCUGUGAUGUUUAUAUGGAAAUUCCGUGUGAGUUGCGGUUUUGCAAGAUAAAUAAUUCAAAUAAAGGCCUUGUUUCCCCAUUUUUGUGUCCGUGGGAUUGGGAAACCAAAUUAGCGAAUUUGGCUCUAAAACCUCUUGUAUAAGAGAAUUUUUGGAUAUCAUAAUUUUACUUAAAAAUAUUUGGAUUUUGGGGAGAUAUACAGGUUGAGUAAAAGGGAGUUUCAUAUUAUGGUUGAAUUUCGUGUGAAACUCAUUGAGUACUUGGAUUGAGUCCUCGGUUUAUGCGAUUUGAGGUAAGUAAAUUAUGGUAACGUCCUCCGAUUUUAAAGCACAUUUUAGCUUGUUUUUGAAGUGGUCGCGGGACUAAACUCGUUUUACACAAGUAUGAUCGAUUUGAAAUAAAAUUAUUAUUCUUUUUAUUGAUUUGAGCAUGCUUUCUUGGAGUUUACUUAACUGCCCUAAUGAUCUAAAAAUUAUUUGUGAAUUAUGAUUUUCCUGUUAACUUCUACCUGGUUUUGUUUCCGAUAUGGUUAUGUUAUUCGUGUGCCCGCUAGUGGGAGGUUUAUAAAUGUUAGCACAUGUCGACAUAUAUUUCUGUAAAGCCGGUGCCAAUGGGAGUUAUUAAAAACUGGUAUUUCUAUAAUCCUGCUAAUGGGAUUAUACACUAGUAAAUCGUGUGCCUGCCAGUGGGAGGUUUAUAACACUGGUCAUGACCUAUAGAGGAGACGUUUAUUUCAUUUUCGUACUCAUAUCUGUUUUUCGUGAUUAUACUUAUUGGCAUGCUAUAAGUUUAAUUAAGGGCUAUCCAUAUUUACUUACUGAGUUAUCUCAUAGUUUUUCCUUGUCCACUAUUUCAAGAAGCAAAGUCAAGGAUAGGGAAAACCGAGGGGAGUGACAAGUUAGAAGGCUAGCUAUCUUGUAAAUUGAACAUAGAUUUUAGAUAUAAAUCAUGAUCUUGUAAGCUAGACUUUAUUUGGAGAUUUUAUGAUAUCAGAGCAAAUUUUAUAAUUUUAUCUUCAGAUUUUGUGGUAUCAGAUUGUGGUAUGAUAAAGUUCUGAGCCUUGUACAUUCGUGGGACCCGUUCACAAGUGUACGGCAUCUGCCACAUCCCCGGAUUUGGGUUCUGGCGCGUGACACAUCUACUUCGACCAGAGGGUUCACAUGACUUGUUUAUACAUCAGAAAUGUUAUGUUCUAUUUCUUGCUGGUAACCACAAUGGAGUCAACAUCGCUAGAAGCAGUACUCAACAUUAUUCUCUUUUAUAUUGCCAGAAGUGGCAUUUACCCACUCCGUUGGGAAUGAUACAGACAUGUUUUACUUUAGCAGCAUUUUUUUACACAUGGCCAGACAUGGCUAAACCUAUUCCAAUGACAUGGUUGAACAUUUUUUACUGUCAUGUCCCCUGCAACGAUGUUCACUAUUGCAUCUUGUGGCUGUUAACAAUGGAUAAAGAGUCGACUUUCCU